AUGGAUUUUACUUGGACAGGAAACGAUAAGAAGAGGAAGACAAUGGCUGUAAGGGUAAACUGCAGGCCAGGUUCCAUCCAGAAGCAGCAAAAAUUGGAAAGGUCACCGUGGUCUGAUCUCCCUGAUGAUUUACUAAUAACAAUAUUUUCAAAAAUUUGUUUGCUGGAUCAAAUUCGAUGUGCUCCUCUUUGCAAGACUUGGAAGCAGCUAAUUAAAGGUAUCAGACCAGCAGACAAGUUACCAUGGCAAAUACUUUACGAUUGGAGGCUGUCUGAUAAAGGAUGUAAUAAGAGUGUGUGCAAGCUCUUUGUGCCGUCCCAUCUAGAAACUUACACAGUUAAGGUUAUGGACGGAUUCAAUGGAGAAGAGUGGAGGAAUUUUACAGGUGCAGAAGCUCUGUAUUCUAGAUACGGCUACCUGAAUUGGAUCUUGGUGGUUUCCAAUUCCCAGUUGAAGAAGAAUACGAAUACUUUGGUUUCAGUCUCAGAAAAGCAGCUUUUUCCUGGAAUCCAAGUUGUCCAGGCUGAUGCCAUCUAUUUUGAUGGAAUACUUUAUUGUCUCUUGGGCUGGGGAACUCUCGGAGCCUUUAAGGUUGCUAACCAGCAAUGGUCAUGUCUACACAAGACUUGCGUCCGGCCAUCGAAUGGGGCCACGGAUUUAGAUGGGAAUUAUUUGAUCAUGGUCUUGCUCCUAAGGCUGGUGAUGAAUGCAGAAAAUGGUGUGUUCCUAAUCUGGAGGUUUGAUUUUUCAGAAAAGAAAUGGGUGAAUCAAGCAAGUUUGGGGGAUUAUGCAGCAUUUGUUGGAUGGACAAGCUUCUUAAUUCCAGCAGCAGGAGAGAUUAGUGAAUUUGCUGGAAAUCAAAAUAACAAUCGAAAUCCAACUUGUUGUGUUCGGUAUCUUACUGUUGAGAAUUAG